GGGUCGGGAAUCACAAUAACCUUGCAAUAAAUGUCAACCGACUGACACAUGUCUUCAUUGCAAUGGGCUCGAUUAAACUUUGCCCCCAAAUGCCCUGAUACGGCCGAGAGUUGGGAGAGUCCGCUCUCCCUCUCGAAAUACUCUCACAUGGCCACGCGAAUAUAUAGCCUCUGCCAGGGAUAUCCUACUCACUGUAUUCUCGUGGCAGGGGUGUUGUUCACGAAAUUGAGGGGACAAAAAGCGAAUAUCCGGAGCUUUAACCGGGUUGGUGGACACAGCGAGUCCAUCUAGGGGAGUUGGAAAACCCUGAUUCUAGACCAAUGGUGCACAUGGUCUGGCUCCAGUAUCCUGAAGAAACAAAUGGUGUAUGAACCAAUCGUUGGUCACCAGCUACCGUGGGACUGCAUCUCCUCACGAUGCUCCACUGUCUUGGGCAUUAGAUCUUACAGUCAAACGCUCGGGGUGUGGCCCCCUAAAACAACCACCUACUUCAUUUUUGGCACCUGGUCAGUAUCACAGCCCUCACACAAAUCAAAUGAGAUUUGUGUGGCGCAUAUAUAUCCAGUGCUUCUUUGUACCAAUGAAUUAUGUGUGCUUGCGAUUGGGAAGGUAUGUUUUUCACAAUUAUACUUUUAAAGUUAUUAAAUUCUUUUUUAACUAAACUUUCUUAUAUUUCUACUUGUUUACUUUAGACUUCAUUGGUUUCAUCUUUACAAUAUAUACACUGACAUACAUAGAAUGAAUGAAUAUGGAACAUUUACAAAACGUAUAGGUUAUACAUCCAUCAUAGAACUUAUUUGUAUUUGUUUAUUUCCAUUAAUAUUACAAUGUUUACGAUCAAUUAUCUCUAUACAUUUUAAUAUAUCAUCAAAAAAUCGAUUUUAUUACUCAUUGAUUAUUGAUUAUUUUAUUAUUUUAUUACCAAUUCUUUUAUUAUUAACAAUUUUAUCAUCUUAUAUUAUUAUCAUUGUAAUAAGUUGCUUUAUCAUUUUUCUAUUAUGGUUAUUAAUACCACCAAAUGAUGAUGAUCAUCAAAUGAAGUCUUCCUUUGAAAAGUUCCACACUUUACCGAUUAAUAUUAUAAUUGCUUAUUUACGUAGUACCAUCUAUAUACUUUCAUGUAUUAUGAUAUAUGCUAUUGAUUUACCAAUUUGUCCAAGACGUUUUGCUAAAUCUGAUAUCAAUGAUCUUGGCUUAAUGGAUGUUGGCACAGGUUUAUUUAUAUAUGCAUCAGGUAUAUCCGGUUCUAAAGUAGUUUGGUAUAUGAAUCUUGAUCGAGAUCAUCGUAAAAGUGUUUUUCAUUGUAUAUUGAAUACUGUGAUACCAUGUUUACUAUUAGGAUUAUUAAGAACAUUAUUCAUUCAGUUGUCAAAUUAUCAUCAAAGUAUUACUGAAUAUGGUAUUCAUUGGAAUUUCUUUUAUACUGUUGCAUUAAUACGUGCUAUAUCACUUAUUAUGACUACUGAUAAUUUUAUCAGUAGUUAUCUGAUAACAUUUUCAUUAAAAAAACAAAUUCAAUUCUAUUACAUUAUAUCUGGUAUAUUCUUAAUAGUCUCUGAAUUAUUGCCAAUAAUAAUUUGUCCAAAGUAUUUUCAAACAAGAUGGCAGUUUAAUCCAAGAACAUUACAUUAUAUAAAUGAUAAUCGAUCUAAAUCUUUAUGGAUUGCUAAUUUUGAAGGUAUCAUCUCUUUAUUUGGUUAUGCAUCAAUUUACUUUUUUAUUUUGAGUUCAUCACUUCUAGUUCGAUCUUAUUUGUCAAGAGAUACUAAUAAAGACAAUAGUAAUGGCAAAAGUUCACUGAACAAGAAGGAAUUUUCGUUAUUCAGCAUAUAUUUCAUCUGUAGUUUCAUGAUCCUAUGCUUAUUAGGUUGUUUCUACUUACUAGGUGGUAGUCAAAUGACAUCCAGACGUUUUGCAAAUUCUAACUAUAUAUUACUUAUUAUAUUUCUCUCAAUCAUAUGCUUUCUUUUUCUUAUUUUGAUGAUUUCAUUAUUGAUACACUUUAAAUCGCUUUUCAACCUAAACUUAAGCUAUCCCCCAUUAUCUUUGAUAAUUAAUGAUAAAGGCUUUUUAUAUUUCAUCAUUUCGAAUUUAUUGACUGGUUUCUUCAAUGUGUUUUGUUUGAAUACUCUACAGUUGUUGCCUGAAGGAGCAAGAUUAAAUGUUAUCAUGGGUACGUAUGAUGAUUUGAGUUGGUCUUCGUCAUUAUUACAAUUUUCAGUGCUCUUAGCCUAUUCGAGUUUAUCAGUUAUUUUUGUUUUAAUCGGUGCUUAUUACGAUCGCCUUAAACUUUCUUCUCCCAGUAUGUUUGGUAUUUCUAAAUAAAUGAUUAGUGUGAAUCAAUGGUUCUUCUAAGUACAUUCCUUAAGUGUAAAGCGGCUGUACCUAAAAACUUCUGUACACAAGUUUGCAUUCGAUUUUAAGCAGUUUAAAGACAUUUUAAGUUGACCUGAUUUAUUUUCGAUUGACAUUCUGUUGGGGAUGUCAAAUCCCCAGAACUUACUUGGUAAAUGGCUUAAUCUUGUAGUUUUAUUUUGAAAAUUUGAAUUUAGCUGUUUUCGCGCCAAAAGCGCUCUUUUUACCUUCACGUCAUAUUUCCCACUUGUAAACUAUCUUAAACGCUAUUGGUCCAUUGUUUCUUUAUGUGUGCUAUUUACUAAUGAUGCUCAAGGACAAUUUGUUACUGUAUAAAUGCGCUUGACGUUUCCCCUUAUUCGAUUUGCUUGUACUCGGCUGCUUACGGAAUAUAUAUAUAUUCCCCUGCUUA